UCGCACGCUCUCUUUGUCUCUCUCACUAGCACAGACAACACUCGCCGGAACAGUGAAUCAGAUACCGGAAAUAGAAUGGAUACUGAAGUACAACAAGUGAAAUUGCAGAAGUACCUGGAAACGCACCACUCGGAGCAGCUCCAGUCCAUCGUUCUCGCUCCGGAUCCUCGUCUUCACUACCCUCUCCACGUCGAUUUUGCAGAGAUUAUGGAUGAGUAUCCGGACCUGGCUCACUUCAUUUUCUCACAACCAGAUGAUUAUCUACGGCUUUUCGAUGAAGCCGCCUUUUUGGCUCAGAAAAAGAUAUCUAGUCAGUUUAAAGAAGCUCGUGUCAAGAGCAACAUACAUGUUCGAAUUAAUGCCUGUGGUUCUCCUCUUGAAUGCCCAGAAACUUUUCCAAGCAUUGGCCGCGUGAGGGUGAAGCAUCGAGGGAUUCUUCUUACACUCAAAGGGACUGUAAUUAGGUCUGGGGCUGCAAAAAUGAUAGAAGGGGAAAAGUGGUACGAAUGUCGGAGAUGUAAACACAGGUUCAAAGUUUAUCCUGAGGUGGAAACUAGAAAUUCCAUUCCCAAGCCUACAUAUUGCCCAUCACAGAAGCCUAAAUUUUGUGAAAGCACAAAUUUCCAGCUUGUGGAAGAUAGUAUGGUUUGCCGUGAUUAUCAAGAAAUUAAAAUUCAAGAGAGUACUCAGGUAUUAGGUAUUGGAGCUAUUCCUCGUUCCAUUCCUGUUAUCUUGAUGGAUGACCUUGUUGAUAUGGUUAAAGCUGGAGAUGAUGUGAUUGUUACUGGGGUUCUAAAAGCCAAAUGGUUAUCAGAUUUAAAAGAUGUUCGCUGUGAUCUUGAACCUAUAUUAGUUGCUAAUCAUGUGAGGAGAAUAAAUGAAUUAAAGUCAGAAAUAGACAUUCCUGAUGACAUUAUCCUGAAAUUCAAACAGUUUUGGCAAGAUUUUGAGGGUUCCCCUUUAAAAGGUAGGAAUGCCAUUCUUAGGGGUGUUUGCCCACAGGUCUUUGGACUCUUCACUGUCAAGCUUGCAGUCACAUUGACACUUAUUGGAGGAGUUGAACAUAUUGAUGCUUCUGGAACAAAAGUAAGGGGGGAUUCUCAUUUGCUUCUUGUUGGUGAUCCUGGUACUGGGAAGUCACAAUUUUUGAAGUUUGCUGCAAAAUUGAGCAAUAGAGCUGUAAUUGCUACAGGGUUGGGAAGCACAAGUGCUGGGUUAACUGUUACUGCAGUUAGAGAUGGGGGGGAGUGGAUUCUGGAAGCUGGUGCUCUUGUAUUAGCUGAUGGUGGUCUUUGUUGCAUUGAUGAAUUUGAUAGCAUGAAGGAACAUGAUAGGGUGACCAUCCAUGAAGCUAUGGAGCAGCAAACUAUUAGUGUUGCCAAGGCUGGUCUUGUAACAACUCUGAGUACAAGGACAGUAGUCUUUGGUGCAACAAAUCCUAAGGGACAUUACGAUCCUGAGCAGCCUCUAUCUGUUAAUACAACUCUCUCUGGGCCACUGCUGAGCAGAUUUGAUAUAGUUCUUGUUCUACUAGACACUAAGAAUCCAGAUUGGGAUGCUGUUGUUUCAUCACACAUUCUUGAGACACAAACAAAGAGCUGCAAUUCUGAGGAGGAUCUGCACGAUAUCUGGCCACUUCCUAUGCUUAGGCGGUAUAUCCACUUUGUGAAGAGAAAUUUUCAACCAGUUCUCACGAAGGAGGCUGAAAAAGUUAUUUCAAGCUAUUACCAACUCCAAAGACGAUCCGCAACUCAAAAUGCAGCUAGGACAACUGUGCGCAUGCUGGAAAGUUUGAUACGACUUGCUCAAGCACAUGCAAGGCUGAUGUUCAGAAAUGAGGUGACUCAACUAGAUGCCAUCACAGCUAUCUUAUGCAUCGAAUCCUCCAUGACUACCUCAGCUAUUGUGGAUAGUGUUGGAAAUGCUUUACAUUCUAAUUUUGCAGAAAAUCCUGAUGAAGAAUAUGCUAAGCAAGAAAGAUUGAUCCUACAGAAGCUGAGCUCCAUGGAUGAAUUUCCAGAUUUGAUUAUGAACUAAGCUUGCGGGGUAAAGUGGUACCUUCUCCAUGCAAACCUCUAAUUUUCAGGUCAAUUUCAUUUCUGGAAAUGUAAUUUCUGUUUAUUAUUAUGGUGACUCCACUUGGAUUGGUUAUAUAUUGAAACUUUUUAAAUAUUAUGUAAAUUUUGAAUGAAAUUUAUAGCAUAAUUACGCAGUAAUAACAAUUAUGUGUGAAUAAAAUGAUUUCAAAUU